AACAACAAAUACACCAAUAACCAAUAAACAACAACCAGUGAAAAUGCCAUCAACUGCGAUAAUCUUUGUGGUGCUGAUCCUCUGUCGCCUGGGGCUCUGCCAGGUGCGGAGUGAGGAUCAGCUGCUUAUGGGAAAUGGCAACCUGGAUAGCAGCCCUAACCUGGGACAGCACAGCCAGCACCAGCACCAUCAGCACCAGAGCAGUGGCAUAAACAUGAACCACAACAGCACAUUGCUGAACACCCUGAUGGGGGGUACCCAGGGCGUGGGAUCCGGCGGAGGGGCUCUGAUCAAUCAGUUGGGCGGACUGGCAGGCCUCGGCAGCAGUACAUCGAGUGCUCCCUCUGUGGCGACAGGUGGAGGCGGCGGCGGCGGAGGUGUUUCUCCCUGGCACGCAGGAGGAGGAGGGAUGCCAGGUGGAGGCGUAGGAGUACCAACUCAUGGAGGCGGUGGCCACCCACAUGGACAUGCCCUGGCCGGACUGGCAAACCUUGGCAUCAUUGUGCCCGGAACCAAAGGAUUACCCGCCAAUCUGGGAUACGGCGGAACAAUGCUUAAUGCAGGACUGCCAGGUGGAGUGGGCGGCGGCGUUGGAGGAAUGCUGGGUGGCGCCGGGAUGAUGGGAGCUGCCUCCAGCAAUGGCAUGGACAUGCAGAGCCUGUACAACGAACACUUCAUUUCGGAGCACACGGUAAUGGCUGUCUUCACCUCCCAGGGACAGGUGGGGGGACCGUGUCGGUAUAUGCCUGCCACGAGGCGGCAGAACCACCAGUGCCGAAAGGAGACAGGCCUGCCGGGGACCCUCAGCGAGGCGCGUCGCCUGGCCACCAGCCACUGCGAGGAUCAGUUCCGCUACGAUCGCUGGAACUGCUCCAUUGAGACGCGUGGCAAGCGAAACAUCUUUAAGAAGCUGUACAAGGAGACGGCCUUUGUGCAUGCCCUGACAGCGGCUGCCAUGACGCACUCCAUAGCCAGGGCCUGUGCCGAGGGAAGGAUGACCAAGUGCAGCUGUGGACCGCGAAAGCAGAACCGCGUGGACCAGGACUUUCAGUGGGGCGGCUGCAACGACAAUUUGAAGCAUGGCAAACGGGUGACGCGUAGCUUUCUCGAUUUGCGCGGAGGCGAUGGAGACGAAGUCAGUGAGAUAUUGCGACAUGACUCCGAGGUCGGCAUCGAAGCCGUCUCCUCGCUGAUGAAGGACAAAUGCAAAUGCCAUGGCGUCUCCGGCUCCUGUUCAAUGAAGACCUGCUGGAAGAAGAUGGCCGAUUUCAAUGCCACGGCCACGCUGCUGCGACAGAAGUACAACCAGGCCAUACGCAAAGCCCCCAAUCAGCGGACCAAGCGCCAGAUGCCCUCGAGUCGCAUGAAAAAGCCCAAACAGCGACGCAAGAAACCACAGCAAUCACAAUAUACCACACUGUACUAUCUGGAGACCUCGCCCACCUACUGCUCGGUCACCAAGGAUCGCCAGUGCCUGCAUCCCGAGAACUGUUCGAAUCUGUGCUGCGGCAGGGGCUACACCACGCAGGUCUUCAAGCAGGUGGAGAAGUGUCGAUGCCGGUUCAACAACGGACGGUGCUGCCAGCUAAUUUGCGACUAUUGUCAGCGAUACGAGGAUAAAUACUUUUGUAAAUAGGCUCGCUUUAUAUGUCUCUCCUCCUCUCAUCCUAUCCUCCUAUCCUUUCCCCCUCUUUUUCUAUCCAACCAACCUACAUCUCUCUAUAUCUCCAUCUCUCUCUCCCUUUGUGCUUUUUGAAAAUGUAAUUUGUAAAGUUUAUUUCCAUCAUUGCUUGUAAUUUUAUUUC